AUGCGUCUCGCUCUCGUCGCCACGACCCUUUUCGCGGCUCUGCCCGCCCUCGCCGCGUCCCAGAACGCUGACGGCGCCGUCGCCCGCGGCAUGGGCCACACCGUCAACUCGCGCCGUGCCGCGCACCGCGCCUUCGCCCGCCGCGGAGACGACGGCGAGCGCCGCGGCCCCAACGGCAAGAAGUGCCGCCCCAAGAAGGGCAAGGGCUCUCACGGGGCCCAUGCCGGCGGCAACGGCCUGCUGCCGGCGGACGGCCAGUCCUCUGCCUCGUCUGCCUCUGGCUCCGCUUCGGCUUCUGCUUCUGGUGCCUCGGCUUCUGCCACCAGCUCCUCCGUCGGGAACGAGUUCUACCAGUCCGAGCCUAGCUCUUCCGCUGCUUCCUCGGCCUCGUCCUCCGUCGCUCCUUCCUCGGGUGCGCCUUCCGCUUCCGCCUCGUCUGAGGGUGCCGCCCCUUCGUCUGAGGGCGCCGCCUCCUCGUCCGCGGCCGCUACCUCUACUUCGGAGUCUUCUGCCGCUCCUUCGCCCUCCGCCUCUUCCGGCGGCAACAACAACUCCGGCGGUGGCGGCAGCAGCGGCGACCUGUCGUGGCUGAACGGCGCUGACCCCAACGUCGGCGAGCAGGGUGAGGCCUCCUUCUACGACGUUGCCGGCGGCAACACCUACUGCGGCGGUCACUUCAGUAACGAUGACGCGGUCGUCGCGCUCUCGCAGAGCUACUGGAACCAGAUCACCGGCGGCGGCUACAGCACUGGUCCCCCCUGUGGCAAGAAGAUCUCGAUCACCUGGAACGGCAUCACCAAGGAGUGCACCGUCCAGGACAUGUGCCCCGAGUGCCCCCCCAACAAGCUUGACCUUGCCAGGGGCUUCUGGAAGAGCUUCACCGGCGGCGACGAGAGCCUCGGCAUCCUUGGUCUUCAGGACAAGCCCGAGAACGGCGGUCUGCAGUGGAACUGGCUCUAA